GAUGAAUAGUGAGUGAAGAACCUCUGAACAGCAUGAGAAGUGAAAACUAAACCGCUUGUAGAAAGAGUAAAGUGGUGUUUGUGUAUGAGGCGCUAAUGGCGUCGAAAGCUUCUUCCUCUGCUUCGCAAACCCACGCACUGUCUUCAAUUUCCGACCAACGUGUUUCUCUAACUCUAGCUUUUCUUAAAGCAUUGGGCAUGGAGAGACCUCUUCCACAGAUUUUCGACACCAGUGGCAUCUACUCCAACUUAUUUCGAAGCUUUCUCAAAGUCAACGACAUCAAAAAGGGACGAAUCUCUUGCACCAUUGCUAUCAAGCUCCCAAUCGCAAAUUUUUAUGGAACACUGCAUGGAGGAUCUGUUGCAUCUUUUGUUGAGUCACUGUCUACUGCUUGUGCUAGAACUGUUGUUGCUGAGGACAAGGAACUUUUUCUUGGGGAAAUUACUCUAUCUUAUCUAUCUGCAGCUCCAAUAAAUGAAGAAGUUCAAGCUGAAGCUUGUGUGGUGAAGAGUGGAAGAAAUGUGACUAUGAUUGCACUAGAGUUUAAGCUGAAGAAAACUGGGAAUUUGACAUGUGUUGCUCAUACCACCUUCUAUAACUUCCCUGUUGCCAAGUUAUGAACACAUUACACUUUUGGAUUCAUGACAUUCUUAAUUAUGUUAUGAUCAUGGCUGUAUCUUUUUGUUGAAUUUAGAUAAGUCAAAAUGGACUAAUUCAAAUCCACGGAAAAAUGAAAAAAUGAGUUCAUUUGGAGUCAUUAUGAGAUUGAAUUGAAAAUCUCAUCUAAACUCAACCAUAAGAGGUUGAGCUAAAGUUGGAUCAGCCCUUCCUAAAUAAAAGAAGUUAUAUGAAAAAAGAUGGUUUAUGAUAA